UUAUCGCAAUGUUGUUACAGUUAAUCUCUUUUUUAUUAAUCUGUGUACAUAUCAAUGCACAAAUUAUUGUUAACACUCCAAAUGGCCAAGUUCAAGGAAGUGAGGAACCUGGUACUCAGGGUAAACCGUUCUACAUGUUUCAACAAAUACCGUUCGCUAAACCUCCAACGGGAUCGUUGAGAUUUAGGGGACCUCAACCAGUCGACCCAUGGGAGGGUGUCUUUGACGCUACUCAUAAUGACAAAGUUUGUUACCAACAAUAUGCCGGUCCAGUUUGGGGAGCAAAUGAAGAUUGUUUAUUUGUCAACGUUUAUACACCAGUGUACCCAUGGCCAAAUCAAGGAUUGCCAGUAAUGGUAUGGAUUUACGGAGGAGGAUUUGUUGGCGGAGCUUCUAACUUUUACGCUUUCGGGCCUCAUUACUAUAUGGAACAAGGCGUUAUUGUGGUGACAGUUUCAUACAGAGUUGGUAUAUUUGGAUUUCUUUCUACUGGAGAUACUGUUAUACCAGGAAAUUAUGGGUUGAAAGACCAGCAGCUUGCAUUGAAGUGGGUUCAGCAAAAUAUUCAAUCAUUUGGAGGUGAUCCAAAUAAAGUGACGAUUUUUGGACAAAGUGCAGGAGGAGCAUCCGUGACUCAUCAUCUUUUAAGUCAAAAAUCAACAGGUUUAUUCAGAGCUGCAAUAUCACAGAGUGGAUCUGCACUUUGUCCCUGGGGAUAUCAAUGGAAACACAAAGCUGUCGCUUACAAAAUAGCAACAAUUAUAGAUCCAAAUUUCAACCCCUAUGCAAGUUCUGAGGAAUUAAUGACUUUCUUGCAAAGUAUUGCUCCCCAGGACCUCGUAAAUGCAUCUUUGACACUUCUAGACGUCUGGGAUAAAAACGACCCCAUUACUGGAUUUCUUUUCACUCCAGUCGUUGAACCAGAACAUGAGACUGCCUUUUUGACAGAAAGGAUGUACACCAUAAUUGAAAGUGGUCAAGCACAACGAGUUCCUUUGAUUAUGGGAAUCAAUUCAGAAGAGAUGAUCUGGGUGGGCAUGGACCCUGAGAGUAUGCAUUGGUCCGCCGUUGGGCUAGACUAUGAUCUGACCAGGCUGGUUGAAGAAGACAUGCAGAUACAGGAUGCAAACCAAAAACAAAUCGUAGGUGCUGAGGUUAGAAGAGUUUAUACAAAUGGACAAUUCCAAGAUCGUCUUGGAGAUGCCGUCGAAUUUUUCAGCGAUACUUCAUAUGGAAGACCUGUUAUUCAACAUGCCAAGCUACAGUCCCAGUUCAGUGACGUAUACUUUUACCACUUUUCGUACCAAGGAACUAUCCCAGGUGUUCGCCCGUACUACGAAGGAGCAUAUAAGGUAGCUCAUGGUGAUGACCUUGGCUACGAAUGGGUGAAUGGCAAUAAUACGAAUUUGAAUACUUUUCCACCAGGAGAUAUUUUAACCAGCCAAAGAUACCGGAUACUAUUCAGCAAUUUUGCCAAAAACUUGAAUCCAACAUCUGAAUUCACCGACAUUUUGGGAAUAAACUACUGGCCAACACUUAAACCGGACAACUUCCAAUAUUUGGACCUUAACGAAACGUUGACUAUAAAAACUGAUCUUAAAAAGCAAAGGCACGAUGGCUGGGUCGAUAUUUAUACCAGAUAUGCUCAAAAAACCAUACACCACUUUUUAAAAUUUUAUAUUAAAUAAAAAAAUACCUUUAAAA